GCAUUUCACUUAUCGAUGUGUAUUUGUAGCAGCGACUAUGGGCCCUUCCUGAGCACCCCGAAUUAGCGCACCGAAUUAGCGCUAAUUCGACCCCAUGCGCCCCCCCAGACAGCCGGACCACUUCACGCAAUCUUGCCGGGGUGCCUCGAUUGAAGCCCCGCGCUUCAGCUGUUGCUUACUUUGCAUUGCUGUUAACCGUCACAUUGUGUCGUGGUAAUUCAGCGUCCACUCUCCAGCACCUGUUACGAAUCCUAUCGGCGCCUACUUUGCGAUUUGGCCCGUGUUCGCAAGGCAUAUCAGUAAAGCCACAUGCAUAGCUGCACCUAGAUCGCACGCUGCUGCGGCGGAGCAGCGAGCAAGAAACCUUACGUUGCUCUUGGACCCGGCGAGCCCACGAGGCGCCGCUGCACGAUGCAGCGAGCGGCGGCGGUGCCUUCUGCGAGGGGCAGCAUGCAUGGCGGAGGCCGAGGCGGUGGCGGCGCAGGCGAUGGGGCCGACUACCCCGCCCACAGGUUUUCUUCGUGCAGUCGCGUCCACGGCACUCGGCGCGCAAAAUCUGGCGUCACUCCUUGGACGCCGAGCCUCUGUGGUGGCAGUGCAUGCAGACGGGGCUGGUGGGACCACGGGCCGGGUGCCAUUCAGACGCCGGAAACCGCGGCCGGACCCACUGCAAAGGCUGAUGCUGCGGAAGCUGCGGGACAUCCAGAACGACGUGCGCGGCAUCCAGAACGACGUGCGCGGCAUCCAGCAGAAGCAGGAUGGAUUCGCUGAGACACAGAGCAUCAUCGUCGAGUCGCUCGUGGGCAGCGAGCUCAGUGAGCGCGACCCGCCGGACGUGGACAGCAGCAAAGCGCGCAGAGCCGUCAAGCUGCAGUCUGCGGACAGCGUUGUGGCCUGUGUGGUGCCGCAAGAGCUCCCGCCGCGCCUGCUGCACGAGGACGCACCUGCGCAGCUCACGGCGUGGCUCAUGGAGGAUCGGGGCCGAGGCAUCCGCGCUAUCCUGCGGUCGUGUCUGCGUGCGGUGCCUUCCCUGCUCGGGGCGGUGGCGGGGAGUGCAGAGGACAAGGCGGCGGCUGCGACUGAAGCUGAGGUGGCGCUGACAGAGCUCGAGAAGGCUGGGGCUGGCCAAAAGGAGCUGCGAGCCGCCUGUGACGCGCUCAAGUGCUGCGCGGCGCGGCUGCCGGUCUCCUUGAAGCUGCUCGAGGACUGCGUCAAGGACCCGAAGAAAGCCGAGGAGCUGCUGCGCGGUGAGCUGUGCAUCGCGGCGCUGACGUCGCUGCACCCGGUCAGCGGCACGGCCUCAUCGACGGCCAAAGAGCUGGAGAUCGACCGCCUGCUGCCGCUACGGUUGCUUCCGGCGGCUGACGGCGCCAACGGCACCAGCAACAACGGUGGCAUCGCCAUCCUGGAGGUGCAGGAGAUCAAGUCGUCCACCGCUGGUCUACCCACGGGGGGUGACCAGGCGGCCCGCCUGGGCUCCGUUCUGGGGUGCUCCUACGGUGUGCUGCAAGAGCGGCUCCAGCACGCGGCGGCAGGCGCUGUGCCGCCGCUGCCGGUGAAGCUGCGCCUGCAGGGGACCAUUGCGCUCGGCAAAGACGGCGACCCCAACGCGGAUGCGGCGCAGCUCCCGCCCCAGCAGACGCUUAAAACCGCUGACGACAAGGUGCACGACAUGCAGAUGCAGUACCUGGUCCUGGCGAAGGGCGCUCUGGUGCCCUGGGUGCCGAGCCGCCCGAAGCAGUGAGCGGUCGGGACACGCGGUUGACAGCGAGCCGAGCUGCUACCGCGGUCUUCGUACCGCUGCAGCUUUGCGCGCGACGGGUAGCUGCUGGGGUGCCCGGGCCGCGAGGCUGCGGUCGAGCGGCGGGGGCGACCUGCUGCAGGCGUCCGCGGUGGCUGCAACGCGUGGACCUGUCUGUUGGGGAAGUGCCGAGGGCAUGAGGCAUGGCGAGCUUGGACAGUGCGGCACCGUGGCAGGUAUUAAGCUGACACCCAUUGUGUCAUCCGGCGCGGUUUUGGAGUGCGGGCAUGCCAUGUGCGUACCAUUUUAGGCACGUCACGCGACGAGGGCGCUUGAAGAGUGGGGUCGGAGAGUGCGUAGAGCUUUUGAGUGGGAAAGAAUGGGAGAUUCGUUCAUGGGAAAAUGUGGGAGAUGCAUUUCAUAAAUGUGGUGAACAGUUGAGCGUUUGGGCCGCAUUUUGACGAGUUGGCCGGUCUCUGACGCGUGGUAGGAUGGUGGGCGUCACCAAAGUGAGAGGCUGGCGGCCUGUGGCGGUCUCACCGCUGAGAGACAUUGACCAUCGGUGUCUCGGGACUUGUCCAUAACGAUAACGUUUGUAUUGCAUGUACCAUUUCGUGGGGUGUAAGGGUUCACCUCUCCGGCUGGCACCUCGCAGCCAUGUACUCUGGCCUUGUCAUUUUGUAUGGAGUGAACCCAGUCACUGUUGCGCUGCGCAUGCGAUACAUUGCAAUCAUGUGAUGCGUCGGCAAGUGGAAAGUUUGGCAGGGGAUGGAGCGCUGUGUGGACGGAGCAUCCAUGGGGAAGUGUUGGUGUACCUAAAUAUGCAAGUAGCGCAAGGCAAUUCUGUAGCGCCGGCCGCAUUGGCAUGCGCAGCUCUCGAGUGUGGCGUGUGGCACAUUUAAUAAGCCCGCAUUUCACCACAUGCGUUGGUGUUCAUAUCUAGGACGUGCAUGUCGCAAUAGGUCGGCAGGGUACCGGCGUGUCUGGGACUUCAGAGCCUCUGCGGCGAUGCAUCAGUGCUUACCUGCUCCGUUUGAGGGGAAGGGCACAAGACUGGGGGAGGGAGGAGCCCGGAGGAGCACAGGGUCGCGAAGGCGCAGGCUCCCAUGUAUGUAUACGCUGGUCACUCUGUUGUCGAGGGCGCUGUAAGUGUGGGAUG